AUGCCGUCGAUAGAAAUGCCCAGCGGCCCCUCGGGGAACAAUGAAAAUGAGGCAUUUGAAUUCCACGAACUGCUUGACCCCACUGUUUUGGAGGACCAGAACUUCCAGUCUCGCUUUGGCUUAUCUUCCAAUGUCAGCGGCGACAGAGAAGCCGACGAAGGCACUCCGCAACUGCAGCAGACUGAAUCAGCUCUCGAUGCCAAAAAUUCCAAAUGUGCGAAAGGACGUGCAAACCGUUUCGAUUGGGAAUCUUUGACUCUAGAUACAUGGUUCGGCGAAAGCAUUGCGAUGAGCUUCAGUUUCCUUUGCUUCAUCGCCAUAGUCGCAGUCUUGUGGGUAUAUGACAAGAAACCAAACCCGAAUCUCAAAUACGGCCUAACUCUGAAUACAAUCGUCUCGGUGCUUGGGACUGGCUGCAAGUCCUCUCUCAUAUUUGCCGUGGCUGAAGCCAUUGGCCAAUUGAAAUGGGUAUGGUUUCGAAACAAAAGGAGUCGGCUUCAUGAUAUGCAGUCGUUUGAUGAUGCAAGCCGUGGGCCCCUGGGUUCGAUGAUGAUCUUAUUCGAACACAAAGCUUUUUCCCUGGUAUCUCUCGGGGCUGCGAUCACCCUCCUCUCUCUUGCAUUCGAUCCAUUCAUUCAGCAGAUCGUGAGUUAUCCUAUCCGAGAGACAAAGAGUGUAUCGGAUCAGGCGCCCGCAAAACAAGCUAGAGCAUUCGUUCUUAAUGGCCCUUCCGGAGACGACAUCAACUUUGUCAACUCCAUAAACGCUGGAAUAUGGACGAACAAUUUCGAUGUAUAUCCAACUUGCCCAUCAGGAAACUGCACAUGGCCUGCUUUUGACUCUGUGGGAUGGUGCAGCCAAUGUGAGGACGUCACCUCCAAAGCCACCCUAGUUGGCUGCGAUGAUUUUAAUCUAACCCGCAGUGAUCCUCAUCUGGGUGUGACACCAUGCAACCUUACUCUCCCACACGGCGAGCCGGCUAACUUUAAUAUCAGCGUCAGAUCAGUUAGCAGAGGUAGUCUGCAAAUGACUUUUCCAGAAGAUGUCAUUUGGUCUGUCAACUACAACCCCGAGCUUGGAGAUCCUUUCAGUCCCGUACCAACGGAAGUUUAUCUCGGCGUGGAGAAUCCCAUGUUCGUCGUCGCGCACGCUGAGAUAGACGAUCCAGAUAAUGGAUCGAAUCCCAAAAUCGGCCGCGUGACCGAAUGCAUCCUGUCUUUGUGUACCAGGACCUACCAUGUGUCUGUUUCUCGCGGCGUUCCAUCUGUGAAUACCUCUUCCCCAACGUACGGACACCCCUUUUACCACAUAUAUCUUAACGGCCCAGAGUCUGCGAACUACACUGGAACACCUGAAACAUGCUGGAAACGCGACCCUGGCCCGGUGAAUGUUGAACUCGUUGCCGGUGAUCCAAGAGAUGACACAAGCCACUGGGAAAAUGCCACCGAAUUCGCCUUUUGUGGACUAGAGCACAUCCACAACAACUUCCCUUAUCAGAUAACCGGCUACGCAUACUACUCCCGAGACUACGUCUCUGAAAUUGGUGCUUGGAUCACUGAUUACUACGACUCCACGCGAAACGACAAUUUCCAAAGGGUCCUCGACACCAGUUUAGCCAAUGUGAUGGGCAAUAUUGCAGGGUCGUUGACUAAGCUCAGUCUUGAGAGUGGCAAUGAUACUGUGCCCGGGACAGUGUCUCGCUUUGAGGUUUAUGUGGCUGUGGAUUGGACCUGGAUUAUUUUACCUGCGGGGCUGCUGCUGUCGGCGAUUAUCUUCCUGGUAUCAACCAUCUUCCUGAAUAGGCGCUUUAAGCUUGACCUGUGGAAGUCGUCCAUUUUGGCCCCUCUGUACCAUGGACUCGACGACGAUUUGUUGGCCGGCGACAACAACGAACAUCCGACUGCGAGUCAGAUGAGUCGAAGCGCGAAUGCAGUCGACGUGAAACUGCAGUUUUCGGAUGCAAAGAAAAGGCUUCUCCUACAGACAGAAUAA